UCAUAUAGGUUGUUUUUACGUUCAUAAAUGGUCAUUUGGUUGAGUUUUGUGUUUGACAUGUUUGAAAAACCAAGAAUCAUAAACUUGAUUUUGAUGUUAAAAAUAUGUUUUAAUGAUUCUUAAAUGAUCUAUGAACCUUGGAGAGCAUUUCUAUAUAGUUUAAUUGAAGUUUGGUAACUAAAAUUGAAAUGUCCGAAAAUGGACCGAAGAGGACUGAUGAGAGUGUUGGAGGAUCUUAACGUACCCAUUGGCAACUAUCCCCGACUGGCGUCUCAGCUACUUCGCAAGGAAGCCUACGAGUGGUGGAAGAGGACUGAUGAGAGUGCAAGAACCCCUAAGCCAUGGACAUGGACACAUUUCGAAUGGGCAUUCAAACAAGAAUAUAUUCCAAAACGUUUUAGUGAAGAAAAACGUAAGGAAUUUGUCGAAUUGCAACAGGGAGACAUGACACUCCCCGAGUAUCGUCAGAAGUUUACCAGUCUUGCUAAGUUUGCACCAACCUUGGUGAGUACCCCAACGGAUCGCAUCGAGGAAUUCAGGAAGAAACUUCGACCUGACCUUAGGUCGCGUGUGUCCGUCCUAACCACCGUUGAUUUCGCGGAGGCCUAUGAUCUCAUAGCCAAGGCAGACAGCGACUCGAGUGCUUGCAUUGAGUAUCUGAAGACAAAUAAUGUCAGUUCAAGCACUCACCGUCCCAUCAGCUCUAUCUCAAAAGGAAAAAAGCCCUUCCAGGAAUCUAGCAAUUCACACUUCUCAAAGAAGGGGAAAUCGUUGCAGACGCACUCUGUGGCGUCGGAAAACAAAUCAAGAGGGUGGAAACACCCAUUGUGCGAUACAUGUGGGAGACAUCAUCCAGGCGAGUGUUGGCUUGCCCAAGGAUUAUGUCUAGGUUGCGGCAAACCUGGACAUUUUCGAAGGGAUUGCCCCACUAAUCCUGGAAAACCAUUUCCGACAGCCCCAGUUGUCAGCCAAUCAGCAUCAGCACGACCUGCGCCAAGUCAACGAUCAACGUCGGGAUCUAAUCCGGCCAAGAACCAGAGUCAGCAACAGGGACGAGCUCCUGCUCGUACUUAUGCAAUGAAGGCACGAGCUGAGGAAAACCCUGACGUCAUUCAGGAGAACGGAGAAACGGUCGGGGAUGGUUUUGAGGAGAUGAACGUAGCGCCAAACGUAUGAAGCCUCCAACGUAUCCACACGAACUUGCUCCGGAGUCCAAGAUUAAACUUGUGCUAGCAAGUUUAAUAUAGGAUAGUAAAAACUAUAAUAAUACUACUUUGGGAGUAAUAAAUAUAUAGUAAAAUAUUUAUCUUAUA